GAAGAACUCGUGUGGCUGCUAAUCUCGCGACAUAGCCUCACUGCACUUCUUCCUCCGCUAGACCUCCCUCCUAACAUCGCACCCACACCGGCAGCAUGAGUCGCUUUGUUCGCCCUUCCAAAUACAGACACGUCUAUGGGGAAGCUGCCAAGAAAGAAGGUUGCUACGACAACGUCAAGGUCACCAACAAUGCUUGGGACACGAAUCUCGUCUCGACCAAUGGGACGUACCUCUCACUUUCCUGGAAUGCCUCAGGGGGCGGAGCUUUCGCGAUUCUUCCCUUGGACCGACCAGGCAAAUUGCCCGACAUCUAUCCGCUCUGCCGAGGGCACACUGCUGCCGUCCUGGACACAGACUUCUCUCCUUUCCACAGCGAUAUCGUAGUCUCUGGAGCCGAUGAUGGCACGUUGGGCGUGUGGAAGGUGCAGCCGGACCUGUUCGACAUUCUUGACCUCGACGAGAAGGCAAAGGAGCGAGCCGGCGGAGUCAAGGACCUGAGCCCCGUCGUUCGGCUCAAUACGGGCGGCAGACGCGUGGGCCAGGUUCUCUUUCAUCCGACAGCAGAAGGCGUCGUGGCAGCCAGUACUUCGGAUCAUCAGAUCAAGCUGUUCGACAUCACGACGGCUGCCUCUGGUGGGGCCGGAGCUGGGGACCAGCAGGCGACUGUCUCGUUGACGGGGGCAAAGGACUCUAUUCAGAGCCUCGACUACGACUAUGCCGGCAAUCGGCUCGUGGCAACGAGCAGGGACAAAAAGCUUCGCGUCUUCGACCCGAGAAAGGGCAGUGAAGCGGUCAUGAUGGGCGACGGUCACCAAGGUGUAAAGGGUGCUCGAGUCACAUGGUGUGGCAACAGCGAAAGGAUCAUUACGACAGGUUUCAGCAAGAUGAGCGAUCGCCAGCUCUUCCUGUGGGACGCGCGGUCGUUGGACAAACCCAUCAAGUCCGUCAACGUUGACUCGAGCAACGGCGUGGUGAUGCCAUUCUGGAGUGACAACAACGUCGUCUUCCUCGCAGGCAAGGGAGAUGGCAACAUCCGAUACUACGAGCUUGAUAGCGACGAGUUGCACUACCUCCAAGAGUACAAGUCAACGGACCCGCAACGUGGUAUGACUUUCGUGCCGAGGCGGUCCCUGAAAGCGGAGGAGAACGAGAUCGCGCGGGCCUACAAGGUCACGGGUAACAUGAUCCAGCCCAUCUCCUUCUACGUUCCUCGAAGGGCCGAGUCUUUCCAGUCAGACAUUUUUCCGCCCGCGCGGUCUUCGGUUCCGGCCUUGUCAGGAAAGGACUUCUUUAAUGGGAAGCAGGCACUUCCAAACCUCGUCAGCUUGGAAGAUGGCUCUGGUCUCAAAGCACCUGUGUCAGCGCCUGCGCCGAUCUCUGCUCCAUCGACUCCCUUGCCUUCCACGCCAGCUGCGGCACCCGAGCCGAGAGCACAGCAAAAAGAGGAGGCGACCCCCGCGCCUCGGAGACUGCCUUCGCCCGAGCGCAAGGCUCCCUCAGCAACGGCCACUCCACUCACCGCACCUUCGACUACGUUUGAGGCCCGAAGAGAGCUUUCGCGACCAAGCUCUCCUGUCAAAACGACUUUCAAGCCGUCGGCUGCGAUGGAUUCAACCAAGGAGAUUAGCCCCUCGGCUCCCUCCUAUGCAAACGGAGGCAGCAGUGAUGCGAAAAGAGGGGUGCACGCCGAGCAUGCCCACGACGGAGAAAAAGCGGAGCUCAAGAGGAAAGUCGAAGAGCUGACGGACAAACUCGGCGAACGAGAAAGUCUGAUUAGGACUCUCGAGCUCGAGAUUGAGAAGCUCAAGAUCAACCAGGCCAAGGUCAGAGAGGCCAUUGGCUUCUGAUCCAUCUCGUUGCUUUCUAGGCCCUUCUACUACUUGGCAUGCCGGACAAUUCGUCAUAUUAUUGCCGUCUCUCGAAAUUCUAGAUGCAUCCCCUUUCUUCGUACAGCACAUGUGCCCCCCAAAAACCUUCCAUACCCCGUCAUAACCGUAAAGUGAAGCGGAGCACGAGAUGCUGCAACGUAUACCGAUGAUUGAUCGGAGCAGAUGCUAGGCUCUCGGUAGUUGUUUUUU